GCGUCCCGCGAUGAAGCAGGAAACAGAUUUGGUUUGGAAUAAAACUAGUUGCCGGAGUGAGUUGUUUCGAUGGUGUCUCUUUCAACAGGAGUGACAACACAAUUUGGUGUCUCAAGACCGAGCCUAUACUGAUCCUCUAAAUGGCUACGAGAAAAUCUGGAUCCGAUAUUCACAACAACGGACCCGUCAGCUAUCUUGAUGAUGUUCCUUUCAAGCUCAAUGACAAGUUCCGCUGCCCAGCUAAAGUGGGUCUCCCCAUUGGCUUCUGUUUGCCCAACUGCAGUGCUUUGCUGUCAGAGAUACAGUAUGACUUCUCUCUGGAGAAACGGAGUGUGCGUUGGGGAGAGGAGCUUGCUGUGGCCAGAGCUGCAGAGGCCCAAGCAGCGGAGGCAGCGCGUGCUGAAUCUGCAAAAGAGAGCCAGUCCACCUCUCAAGAUAUUGACGCAGGUUUGGCCGGUGGGAAGAAAGCGCGUCCCUCUGAUGACACAGACCUUCCACCCCCUGCCCUGAACCCUGUCCUGGCAGGCCUUCGGCACAAUGCCAUCCUCACCCCCCUCCCCGCCCCUAGCUUCGGACCAACGCGACCUGCUCCCAGCAACCCGGCACCACAGAGCCUCAACUUAGCAGACUUUGAACGAGAGGAGGACCCGUUUGACAAACUUGAGCUUAAAACGCUGGAUGACAAAGAGGAGCUGCGCAGCAUCCUCCAGAGCCAAACACAGUCGUCUGUUACGCCUCCUGAGCCACACCCCUCCUCAAGGAGUAGCACUCCACCUUUGCAGGCCAAACAAGGCCUCUUUCAUAAACCCAAUGGGCUUGUGGGACUGCUGGACUUGGACCGACCUGGGAGCGGGGGUGUAGGGAACCCCCGAGGCCAGAUGGACAUUGAUCGCCCCUGCAAUAUUCGUUCACUGACUUUCCCCAAGCUGUCGGACCCUGGGGACUCCCCAUCAGAACCAGCCCAAAAUAAUUACACACCAGCACCCUCGCGCAGUCUAGCUAACGGCACCCCACCACCGCUGCAGAGAAUAACACCACAUACCAACACUAACACCUCCCAAGAUUCACCGGGCCACACUCAGAACGGGGCACCAAAGCAGUCAAACCCUGUCUCAGUGGCUGGACCUCCCUCCUGUCCUGGAGGUGGGGCUUUACUCAGCCUCUCUCCCAGUGAGAGGCAGUGUGUGGAAACCAUAGUGGGCAUGGGCUAUUCCUAUGAAGGUGUGCUCAAAGCCAUGCAGAGGCAAGGACAAAAUGUUGAACAGGUGCUAGACUACCUGUUUAUUCAUAAUCGUCUGUGUGAGCGAGGCUUUGACGCCACUGCUGUGGAUGAGUGUCUGGAGAUGUAUCAGUGCUCAGAGGAAAAGGCUUUAGAGUUCUUGCAGCUGAUGUCUCGGUUUGGUGAGAUGGGCUUUGACAGAGAUACCAUUAAAGAGGUUCUGUUGGUCCAUAAUAACGACCAGGACAAAGCACUAGAGGAUUUGAUGGCCCGUGCCGCUGCGAGUUGAACCGAUUGGACCUCCUCCUCCUCCUCCUCCUUGACCUGCCCCUCUCCACUCCCUCAGCAUCCCCCAUGACAGAGAGAAAGUGAAAACCAGGGGAGGGGUGUGGGCUGAGGAAGGAAACAUUUCUGUUUUCUUGGAGACAAGACAAAAUAAAAGAUGCAGUGUAUACCCCUGAAAACAUAUGCUGUUGAGCCGGGGCUUGAUUGAACCGUACAGCGGCACAGUCAUUCCCUCUCAAUUAUAACCUUCUUAAGUGAUCUUAGUGAUGGUGAGGUUUUGGAGAACUGAAUCCCUGUGUUGAGGAGCAGACGCCCAGUAGUGUGUAGUUUAGCCAUCACUGUAGAGAUGAGACUGAACUGGGUGGUGACACUGGGUGAUGCUUGAUGGAGGGUUUGGAUAUGCAGAGUGAACUGGGAGGAGCUCCUUGGAAACCCAGUUUCAUAGCACUGGACUCAGACAGACUCUCACAGCUACAACGCUGCCAUCCUCUGCUGCUGGGCAACCGACAGGCUUUCAACAAACAGACUGGAAACUAUACAUACACACGCACCAUGGCAGAAACAGAGAUCUCAAAAAAAGUGCCCUUUCUGUUAUUGCGACUGGCGUUCAGUACUUAAUGUUCUCUCUUUGUUUGUUUGUUUAUUCAUUCAUACAUUCUUUUUGUUUUUUGGCUGGCAAAAACUAUUUUAUUUGUUCUCUAAGACAUUCUGGUUCUUCUUGCUCUGUUUUAGGAAGUACUUAAACGAAAACUAAUCAUCAAAGUGUAAGUUAGGGGGGAGGAAAAAAAAAAAAACAGAAACAGAACAGAUGAAACUACUACUACUGCCCCUGUUGGUUUUGCACUGGAAUGGUCCCCAAAGCAAGUGAAAAGAUAUUAUUAUUUUUGGAAAUGCAAUAUUUGAAAA